CCGCCUGUAAACCACCCCCAUCAGCUCAGUGACCGAAGGACUUCCUCGUCACGCGCAACCCCACCAACGCCACCACCCUGCACCGUCAACAUCGUCGCCGGCCUUAUCAUCGUCCGCCGCUGCUGCUGCCGCCGCCGCCGCUGCUGCCGCCGGCCUGCUAUGUCACCCGGGGCUCUGGAGGGAUGCCAACUGUCGCCACUGCUGCUCCUCCUGCCUAGCCGCUCUGCAUGCAAGCAGAUGCGACGUACUGCAUGCAGUCCUAGAGGUGCUAGCUGAAUGGGGCAACGCUCUCGCGUUGAGAGACCUCGAAAACAAAAGUAAGGGCAGCAGCGGCGGCAGCGGCAGUGGCGGAGUCAUUGUGACCCAUGGGACGCUGACGACAGCUGCGGCGGCGGCGGCGGUGAUGCCGCUGCUCGCUGUACUGGCGGCGGCGCUGAUGCCGCGUGCCGUACCGUACGGCAGCAAGGAGGCAUCUUGGCAGCCACCUAGCAGCCCGCUGUGGAGUCAGGCGCUUGCGCCGAUACUGGCCGUCGCCUGCCGUUCACUGCUGGCGGCAUCCGGGGUUGGCGGCGGCGGCGGGAGGGCGUACGGUAGCGGCGGCGUCCCUUCCGUCGCCCCAACCCUUCCCUUUCCUGACGGCAGCGCUGGCGGCGGCGGAGGCGGGGGGGGCGACAAGGAGUCUGCCGUACACUCCGUCGCCUCCGCCUGGCUGCUGCUGCGGCUGCUGGCUCCGACAGCGUCACUUGACAUGCUGCAGCGGGCGGCGAAGCUAGCGACCGCGGCGGCAGCGGCGGCGAAGGAGCGAGGAGCGCCAACGCCUGCAUCAGUCGACUCGCCGGCGUUAGCGGUGGAGUCAGAGACGGCGGAGGCGGCGGAGGUGCAGUGUACGGCAGCUGCCUGGUCGCUCCUGCAGCACUUCGCAGCUGCUGGUGGCGGCGGCGGCGGGCCGGAGAGGGCUUGCCUUCCCGAGGGCCGUCCCAUGGGUGGCGGCAGCGGAGGCGCACGCGAGGGCGCGGGUGAGGGAGCAGCGCAUCUCGCCUCGGAGGAGGGGCUGCUGCGGCGGCUGCAGUUGUUGGCUGCGAUGACUGGGACGGGAGCUGCUGGCGAUUCGACUGCCACUGGCGUAUCUAAACCGCACUGCGAUUCCGGACUUGUCAGCAACAACAACAGCGAUGUUAUGUUAGGCAGAGGCCACCGAGGACAGCAGCCCCAGGAGCCGACAGCCGCAGACCCUUCCUCCAUGUCGGCGUCUUCCGUAUCUUCUCCCUCCUUAUCAGCGUCUCCAUCGUCGUACCCUGGCAGCAGCGACUGGACUGUGCGGCAGCAACGGCUCUUCGCGCUGUGCCGGUGUUGCGAGACGCUGCUGCUUUCCCAGCCUCCGCCUCGGCCUCCGUCAACCCAUGCGCCUCAUCCGAGCCAAGCGACCCACGGGUCACCGCUUUGGGACCUCGCGUUGCACGCCUGCCUUGCGGCUGUGCUACGUAUCGCCACUUCUGCCUGUGACAACGACGCCGGCAGGCCGGGAGGCCGGGAUGCAGAGGUGGCGGUGGUGGUGGCCUGCACACCUGCCCUGCGCGCCGCCCUUUGUAGCUGGAGUGUCGGACUGGGGGAGCCGGAGUCUGGUGGAGUGGGACGUGGCAACUGCAUGGGGCUUGAGGAGCCUGAUGGCGGCUGCGAUGACGGCGGCGGUACCGGCGGUAGGGGCGGCGGUAGGGGCGGCGGUGGGGGCGGCGGUGGGGGCGGCGUUGGGAGCGGCGGCAGCGGCGGUGGCAGUGAGAGCUUUGACAGCGACGAUGAGGGAGGAAGGAGCGGAUUUGGGGACGGAGCUUCCAACGGUGGCGACGGCGACGCAGCGGCGGCAGCAGACGAGCAUGGCGAUCCUCGCCCGCCGGCGGCGCCGGCGGCUGCGAUCUCGGCGCCUGCUGCGUUGUACUGCGCUGUACGGCAUGUCGUACGUCGCGAGACUCGGUGCCUGGCUGCCGUACUGUUGAGCGCGUGUUUCGGACAACUGAGCGCCGUGGUCCAUGGCUGUGACGAAGGUAACGGCGGCAGCGGCUGGACAGGGCUCUGUAGCUCCUUUGCGACGUCCCAACUCAGAGAAUACGACGAUGUGCAGUUUACAUUUGGCGCUACUGAAGUCAGCGGCGGCGCCGCCGCCGGCGGUGAGAGGGACGGGGAGUACGGCAGGCGGGUGGGGGCUGCCGUGGUGGCGGCGCCCGCAGCCCUGGUGGCAGCUGCGUGUCCGCUGCUGGCGGCCAGGAUGCGGCGGGAACUGCUGGCGGCGGCGGGGGCGGAGGUGGAUAGUACGGCAGCGGCAGCAGCGGCGGCGGCGGCGGCGAUAGAGGCCGGGGCUGACGGCGGGGGAGAUAGCGGCGGCGGCGGUGGUGCUUCUAGAAGAGGCGGCAGCGUAGCUGUUGUGGAGUGGCCUCGAGUCGUGCAGGUCCCCAUGGGCUCCAAGGUUCCCCGGGCGGCCUUCCAAACUCUCCUGUCGUACAUCACGGGCAGCGGACCCGCUGCCGUACAACGGCGCACCGCUGGAGGGCCGCCGCUGCUUGAGAUGGCUGCCACCGCCGCCGUCGCCGCCACCGCCACCGCCACCACCUCUGCCAGCGGCUCCAUAGGCAAUGCCGCUAAUACUGCUACUAGCACCGGCGACGGCAGUACGGCGGCGUCGGCUCGGGAGGUAGCGGGCCUGGCUGCUGCGCUGGGUCUACCCGCGCUCAGAGCCCUGGUCCGGGCGGCAGCUCCGCAACCAGGCAGCCGCCCGCCGCCGCAGCCACCCAACCUGACGCCGCUGCUGCCGCGACAGCUGUUGCUGCUGCCGCCUCCUCCGCCGCCGUCAACGCCGUCAACGCCGGCGCUGCCGUACGGUUCCAGGAUGCAACCGCGUGAUGAGUGCAGCGACGGUGGCGGCUCCCCUCCCAAGGCUCUGGGCCAACCAGAGUCGCACCUCCAUCCGCCAAGGUCCCGGGCACACCCGCACCCGCACCCGCGCCUGGAGGAGCAGCUGGCCAGCCUGUCACGCUGGGAAGAGGAGCAAGACCGACUGGCCCGUGCUGCCUCCACCGCUACUGCCGCCCAUACCGCCAGCUGCUCCCCCUCCUCCGCACGCCUGCCUGCUUGGCCUGUCGUGGAUUCGGAGCUGCUGCUGGAACUGCCUCCGCCGCUGGCGGAGGGAGGCGGAGGAGGAGAAGAACAGGAGGUCGGCCAUAGCCCCAUUGAAAGAGAGCCUAACCAGGCUACCGGUAUCCCCUGGCCUGCAGAUGCCGUACUAGCGGCUCCGCUGCUGCUGCAGCUGCACCCCUGCCAGAAACAACGCCGCCACGACAACAGCCACGCCAGCGAUGCUGAAGACGGCGGCAACAGCCACGUUGCAUGUCGUACAGUCCUCAUCCCAGCACACCGAGUGGUGCUGGCGGCGGGUUGCGAGUACUUCUCGGCUCUGUGCUCCCCACGCUGGGGUGAGUGGGGCGCUGGCAUGCAUGGGACCGACAGGGGUUUCAGCAGCAGCAGCAGCAGCAGCAGCGGGGGUGCUGCAGGACAAGAUGGGCGCGUGUACUUGCGGCCUGCCGUGCCGCCGUCACCCCCGCAUGGCGGCUCGGUGGGCUCGGUAGCCCUCCGGCUGCAGCUGCUGCGGGCUCCCGGCUGCGAUGCGGAGGUGCUGCUGGCGGUGUUGCGGCACCUGCACGACCCUCGCCACCACCACCACCACCACCACCACCUUCAUACCUGUCACCAAAGCCACACGCAACAGUGCCCGGAGGCGACAGGAGGAACAGGAGCAGCAGCCGUAAUGGCGUCGGCAUCGGCAUCAGGGUCAUUGGGGUCGGCGUCAGCCUGCUUGCUUCCAGAGCUGCCGCCGUUACGGCCCUGCGAAUGGGCGCCCCUGGGCGGUGCACAACAGGGAUGCCCACGAGACGAUGGCAGCGGCGGCGGCGGCAGCGGCGGCAGUGGCGUCAGCCGCAGCGGCAGCGAAGGAGGUGGCGUUGGCGAAGGAGGCGGCGUUGGCGCAGAGGACGGCGGAGCUCUGCUGGAGGAGGAGGAGGAGGAGGAGGAGGUUGGGGCAUGUGAGGCGUGUUGGGAGCUGCGCUUGUGCUUGCGUGUGGUGCUGGCCUGCCAGGGACUGCUGCUUCCGGAGCUUAGGACGCAGGCGGCCCAACGCGCCCUGGCCCUGCUACACCACAGCAGCAGCAGCCGCGAGCAUCGAGAUGGCUGCGGAAGGCACAGCGGCCGGCAGCACCGGGGAAGGCCGCUGACGGCGGGAUGUAUGCUGACGGCGGCUCGAGACGGGGCGGUGCUGGGGCUGCAGGGAGUGGUGGCGGCGGCACUGCGGGAGCUCACCAGGCGUUACGCCUCAGCGGACGUCGAGUUGCUGGCGGAAUGGCGAGACCUGCCGCCGCAGUUGCAGCGGGCCGCCACGGAUGCCUGGACGCGCGCCGCUCGCUCCCACGCAUCAUCUGCAGCCGCCGGCGGGAGGAUACGGCAAGGCCCGGGCACCGCGAGGGCAUCGGAAGCAGCACCCGAGCUGCAGGGGGGGUUAGGGGCGUCCCGUGACGGCGGGUCGGGAGUGAGGAGUCAAGGGUCGGCACGUGCGGGGGGCAGGUUGCAGGACGCAGUGAGGCUGCUAGCGGAGGCGGUUGGGGGCCGGUAGGACGGUGGUACGGUAAUGGUGUAUUGCUGAUUGUGUAGUGGUGCAGUGUGCUGUUGUAAGGCGACAGUUGGGCAUGAUGAGGUCAAAUGAGCUUGCGCAGCUGUGCAUUGCUGGGCGCAGGGUGCAACUGGUAAUGACUUACUCUGUGCAUUACCCGUAAGAGAGAGCUGUACAUUACCCGUAAGAGAGAGCUGUACAUUACAUGGUGACCAUUACCGUUCGCAUCACAGGCGACGGAGCAUUAGUAUCAUCGCACUCAUCUCGGCUACAUACACAGCACAUGCAUUGCGAAUUCGCUAUUAGAAACAGGGACAGCACUAAAAAAGGUAUGCAUAUGUACGUAUGGCAUAACAUGAUACAUUGUAACGCAGAUGAAACCGAA